UUUUCCGCGCGUACUCGGUGUGUUUUGAAGGGGAAGGAAUACCGGAAGCUGGGCAGACACAAUGGCUAAAAAUGCUCUUGGCUUUGGGGGAUAUGACUCGGAUUUCAGUGACGAAGAGGGAGACAAAGACAACCAGGAAGAGAAAACCAGACGUAGAAAGGAUGAAGCAUUGCUCAAAAAACCCUUUCAGAAAGACAAAUAUGGAAAGGUGGCUCACAGACAAGUCGCGGCUGAUGAAUGGGACAGGCAAGAGGCACAGAACCGGAGAGUGCAUUUAAUUUCCAUGGACGCUUUUGCCAGACAUCAGAAAUUUGUUAACGACUACAUUCUGUUUUACGGAGGAAAAUUAGAAGACUUUAAACGGUCGCGACAAAAUGAUAAAACAGACUUUGAUGUCAUCAGAGAAAACCACAGAUUCCUUUGGCAGGAAGAAGAUGAAGAAGACUUGACUUGGGAGAAGAGACUCGCCAAGAAGUAUUACGAUAAACUAUUUAAGGAAUACUGCAUAGCAGAUCUUAGCCGAUACAAGGAGAACAAGUUUGGAUUUCGAUGGCGGAUAGAGAAAGAAGUGAUCGCAGGAAAAGGUCAGUUUUCCUGCGGGAACAAACGCUGCGAUGAAAAAGAAGGUUUGAAGAGCUGGGAAGUAAAUUUCGGUUACGUUGAACACGAGGAGAAGCGGAACGCCCUCGUCAAAUUAAGACUUUGUCCAGAAUGUUCAUACAAGCUGAAUUUCCACCACCGGAGGAAAGAAGUUCAGCCAAAGAAAAGGAAGUUACAGGAAGAUGACGGAAAACCUUCAAGAAAGAGAUCCAAAGGUUCCCAAACCCAAGAGAAGUCAAAGCGCAAAGAAACCUCUUCAGAUAAACAAGAAGAUUCCAGUGAAACAGAUGAAAAAGACGAAGAAGACGCCAAAACAGAUGCUGAGUUUUGGAGAGGCCCCCAUCAGGAGGCAGAAGAAAAAUCCCGCGAAGAAGAAUUCGAUGAGUACUUUCAAGAUAUGUUUCUCUGAGAUGAAGCAUCGCAUUAAAUGUGUUUUCUAUCCUUGUGUUUUCUCUUUUUUCUGUUAAAUUUAUUUUUUAUAAAAAUAAUGAAUGCAAAA